AUGAAUUGCUCCAUCAAUUCCUACUAUUGUGGUGGAGGCAUCUACAAAAAGAGCUUCAAGUGGAAGCACAUGGCUGAAUCCACCACCAACACUGGGAAGGACAACAACGAAUCCAGGGAUUUUGACUCUUCCUUGCCCAAGCCGGCAAGGCGGUGGAUGGUCUCCUCGAUCGAUAACCCCAAUAGGUCAAAAUUUGGUCUCUCAACCUACACCGAGAUGAUCGCAAAGAGGGUCUCGAUCAGGAAAUGGAAGCUGUCGAGGAAACGCCAUUCGUGGAUCAAAGUUGGGAGUAGGCGAGUGGCACCGUUUAAGGAGUAG